AAUGAGCAAGAUCCGAUCUUGCGUAAAUAUCGCAUAGAUAAAGCGGUGCUGGUGGUUUGGCAUGCAGAGUUGGGUGGUGAGAUUGUGACCGACGAAUGCGAAAUGCGCUCAUCAAACAGAGAGUUCGUUCUCAAAAAACGAUACCCAUCCAAAUGGCAAUCCAACAACGACUUACUCUUCUGUGGUAUCACAGGUGAUACUACCAGUCAACGCAACUCAUACUCCACUUACGGCUAUCAUUCUUAUAGUAGCAAUAAUAAUAACAACAACAAUAAACCGAGUUCGUAUUCAUCACUGAAGUAG